AUGACUUGUGCAACUUUCACUUCUCUCUCUCACUUGCCCUUCGGCACGUUGGCCUGCACCGAUGGCCAGGUCGUCCGCUUCACGGCUCCUCCCACGUCCCCGCCGUUCGUCGCGGCGCCAUGGGCAGCAAGACGUCUUGGAAAGCGGGUGUUCGAGUCGAAGACCCAAUACCGGCAGUCGGUGCGGGCAGCCUACGAUGCUCAUGGGCGCCAUCGAACUCUGGGUCGCACGCUGGACGCCCACAAUCUGCGCCGGAUCCGCCUCGGGGAGGUGGACUGGGUGGACGAGCAGGAUGGGCCGUUGUCAGCUGGGAAGCGGAAGCGGCUGACGGAGGGUGUGCGGACGCUGGACGUUGGUGCAUCCGAUGAGGACGAGCGGCGACCGACAUUCAAGGUGUGCACGGCGGAGGCGCGCGUUGAGUUGGGACAGGACACGCGGAUAGUCAACAUUGCGGAGCUGGUGGUCUCUAUGGGCCGUCGGGACAACAGCGCCCGCCGUCGCCGACUGGCCAAGACGCCGUACGCGUGUUCGACGAGCAAGAAGAGCAAGGGCAAGAGUGGGGCCAGCGCGUCUGCCUCGGAUGUGUUCGGUCCAGUGCUUGGUGUGCUGGGCGACAUCACGAACAAGAGCGUGUCAUUCGGCGCUGUCCCUACGCCUCUCGUUCCGCUGCGUCGUCGUCGUCGCCGCUGCGCAGAACCUGUCAGUCCAUCGCCAAUUCCGCGCAUCGCCAAGCCAUGUGCCCUCGACGGCCUGCAUGCGUUCCUCUUGGCUACCCCAUCUUUUCCAGAGCAGCUCAACGGUCACCUGGAGGACGCCAAUAUGAUGCUCGAAGGAGUGACGCUGUGUGGUGACGAGAUCCCUACCGUUCUUGCCCCGGUGCCCUUUGACCUCGAUGUGAUGGACGGCUUCGACAUCCUGUUUCCACAGCCCGUCCCCACCGUCAUGGAAGUCGAUGUCUGCCCUGUCGCCGAGGCCAUUCCGCAGCCGUCUCCUUACAGAACUAUGGAUACCAAGAACACGGUAUUGGAAGGGCCUCUGCGUGCCGCGAUUGACUGUUGGAACGACAUCUUUGACGGAC